UUUUGUCCGUGUCAGUUACCCGCCAAGACGCCAAGACGCGUUGCUAUUAACCUCACGGUGCGUCGUUAAUUGUAUUUAUGAUAAAAAUUUAUAUUAAAUACCAUGACAGCGAAAGCAGUAACUGUUAUGAAUUUACCAUGGGUUGAGAAGUAUCGCCCUAAGAAAUUGGAGGACCUUAUAUCUCACGAGGAAAUUAUACAAACAAUAAACAAGUUUAUUGACGAAAAUCAACUUCCUCAUCUUCUCUUUUAUGGACCACCUGGUACAGGGAAGACCAGUACAAUACUUGCUUGUGCUCGGAAAUUAUAUACACCAGCUCAGUUCAAUUCAAUGGUAUUAGAAAUGAAUGCUUCAGAUGACAGAGGUAUUGGUAUAGUUAGAGGUCAAAUUCUUAGUUUUGCAAGUACAGGUACAAUGUACAGAUCUGGUUUUAAAUUAAUUAUUCUGGAUGAAGCAGAUGCUAUGACAAAUGAUGCGCAGAAUGCUCUCAGAAGAAUCAUUGAGAAGUAUACAGACAAUGUACGAUUUUGCAUUAUAUGCAACUACCUGAGCAAAAUCAUACCUGCUCUUCAGUCCCGGUGUACUAAGUUCAGAUUUGGUCCACUGUCUGAAAGUCAGAUUCUGCCUAGACUAGACGACAUUAUCAAAGAAGAAAAUUUGGAUGUCAGUGAAGAUGGCAAGAAAGCAUUGAUAGCCCUAAGUGGAGGGGACAUGAGGAAAGUUUUGAAUGUUCUUCAAAGUACGUGGCUUGCUUUUGGUUCAGUUACAGAAGAGAAUGUGUAUACUUGUGUUGGGCACCCUCUUCCAAUAGAUAUAAAGAAUAUUGUAAACUGGUUAUUGAACGAGUCGUAUGAAAUGUGUUACUGUAAAAUACAAGACAUAAAGCUGAAGAAAGGACUUGCAUUGCAAGACAUAUUAACGGAACUUCACUUGUUUGUAAAUAAAAUUGAAUUCCCAGACUGGAUACUCAUUGAUCUGGUGAUUAAAUUAGCAGAAAUAGAAAAGAGGGUCGCAAUUGGUUGCAGCGAACCGGUGCAAUUGAACGCUCUUGUCUCAGCGUUCCAAGAUGCUCGUGACAUCGAAGCUUCCUAAAGUUUACAUUAAGGUAAUCUCUAACUUAAAACGUUUUAGAUUUUGUUACAAGAGAAGUCAAAUAAAAACGAACGUAAGAAAGCUUAAUUCACCAUUCAUGAAUCGUUAUAGCGUACCGAAUAAAAAAUCGAUAUUUUAC